AUGGCUUCACCAAUGCCCGCUCACUCGAGCGCCUGGAAUCACCCGCCUGCCGCUGGCGAGACGGACGAGUACGGUCUGCAGACCAAGUUCAUGAACUUAAAGGUGCACUACACGUUCGACAGAGAGGCCAAGGAGAAAUGCCUGGCCAGAGGCUCCCAGCCGCUGCAGGUCCAGACGGUGCCCGUCGACGACAGCAACACCAUUGGCAUCGUCGACUUGAGGGCUUGCGUACACGUCAUUGCCGAGUGCAGCCCGGAGCUGACCAACCACGACUGCGACUACACCAUCUAUGCAAUCGACUAUUCCGAGCCCGACUUCCCUCUGGUCGGCCAGGGCCUGCUGUCGUGGGUUUUCCAGUCCAUGCGGCCCGACUUUGGCAACUACCAGCCCAAGAUGGUGACGGGCCGUGUCACGAGGAACAUACUGAGUGUGUUUGGCGGCGGAAAUCGAGAGACCCUGGAGGUCAGACUGAAGCUAUCUGAGACGACGAGGAUCCAGCGUUCCGUCACAUAUGCUCCUCCUCCCAUGGACCAGCAGCCUGCGAGGCCCAUGGAGCAAGCCUUGCCGCCACACGCCGCCUCAGAAUGGAACUCUCUGGUCCAGUCCAACUCCCAGGUCAUGUCCCAACAGGCGAGCCACAGCUACGGUGGCCCCCCUCCUCCACCCAUGCACAACAGCCAUUCACCCGCCAUGGCUCAUGCGUUACCUCCAGGACCGCCGCCGCCGUUGGCCAGGCAAGGCUCCUUUGGGCCAAGCUACAAUCAGAAUUCGCCUGCUCAAGAGCAAUCGAGCGUUGCCCCCAUUUCCGGCGACAACCAGUCUCAGCCCAUGCCCAGCAUUCCCGCGCCGUCCUCACGACCAUCUAGCAGAGCGUCGAAUCGACCACCGCGGAGAAAACCGCCCACGGGCAGGCCACGGGGCAGGCCACGAAAGAAGCCCAAUGAAGGCAACACGUCCGGCUACGAGGAUGGAACCGAAGGAGAAGAAGCCGCGCCCCCGAAGGAGGACGAGCCUGUCAAGAAGAGGGCGAAGGUGACCAAGGUGGACAAGGCAGACGCGACUCCCUUUGCCGCCGAGCCAGAAUCUCUCAGGGUGGCUGCUAGCAAUUCCAGCUCCUUGCGCAACUUCCGGCCUCUCGCGAUUAACAGCGACAGCGUGACAGGUAGCCAUCUGCAGGAGGUCCCUCGAGCUCCCACACCCGUUCCUAACGGUCGUCUCAGGGGUGUACCCGGACGGGAGCCCAGCUCCCUCAAGCGACGCGAAUCCGCGCUGAGCCAGCGGCCUGUGUCAAGCUUUGCAACGAGCGAGACCGGUGGCUUCCCUUCUCCCGGCAUGGACGACGACAGAUCGCCAGAUUCUGCGGCCCCGACGCCAAACUACCCCGAGGACAGUCCCGCGGAUAUUGGAUCCUCGCCACCCGUUCAGCAGGCCACGCCUUAUAUGCGGUCCAGCCCACCCCCCUCAAGCCCAGUUCUACCCCCUAUGCCGGCAAUGGCCCGUCAGGAGCACAGCAUGUCGGGCAAUGACGUGAGCGAGCUGUUUGGAGAAGGAGACCAAUCCAUGAUGGAGGAGCUGCCACCGCAACCGCGCACCCACAAUGCUCCUAAGCAGAGCGUGCCGGUCCAGGUCUUCCAGCUCCAGGACGGCCCGUGCGGCCAAGAUCUGGUGCAUGUUAGGACAUACAACACUCCCUAUCCGACUUCCAACCCACCGGCCUCCACUGAGAGCUCCUUACCGCCUCCUGCGAGGCGAGAAUCAAGCCGACCACAGCCCAACGGCCAAACUACGAAGAGGAAGAGGCCGCAAUCGACAUCGCCAACUUUGGCCCCAACGCCACCACCUACAACCGACGCCAUUGAGCGGGCCAUGAGCCCAAACCUGAUCUCCACGCCAGCCCCAAUCCAAGCUCCGACUCCUAUCCCUCUUCCGCCAGCCAUACGCGCUCCUGACUCCAUCCAAGAGCCCAUCUUUGUGCCUAUUCCUUCCGCCACUUCUCCCGCCAACGCCCCCGACGGCCCAGCGCCGACCCCUGCAGCAGCACCACCACCACCUAAUGAAUCAUUUGCGAAUACGACGCCUACUCCUGAGCUCUCACAGCUUGGUGAUCUCACAGACGACAUCUUUAACGAUCCCAUAGUUCAGCUCGCCUCUACGUUCUCGUCGAGAGAAGAGGCACCUCCGCCCGUCCAACCGCAAUCUCGAUCUUCACAGCCUCCUCAGUCAAGACCGCAGACCUCGAAACCCAGGCAUCCUCGUCAACUUAACCGAUCACAGUCCGCAGGGCCGCUCGUAUUACCGUCGACUCCGGCAAGCGACCCCAUCGGCCCCUCAAAUUUGUCCCAACCUCCUGCUGUCGCCUCGAAUCGCCCAUCCUCGGUGGGGGGCGCCGACAUGCGUCGGCCGACCUCCAUGGGGCCGCUCGCCUUACCAGUCCCUGAGACCGCGGCAGAGCCUACGUCGUCGGCAAACCCAGCAGCUCCGGAGGAACCCUAUCCGCCAAGCGAUUUCCUUCCGCCGCCGUCUUCACCACCCGCACAGAGAUCAAAUAAGAAUAUCGUGAAGAAGCAUGCCAUCAAGCAGCGACUGGAGGAGGCGAUUAAUAAUGGGGAGAUGCCCCCCUUCUGCAGCAACUGCGGUGCCAUUGAAACGCCUACUUGGAGGAAGAUUUGGAUUCAGGAGCGCGAUGGCGUCCCGGAGCGGUGCGAAUACUCGGAGAAGCCAGGCAAGAUCACGGCAGUUGAGGUCCUGCAGCGCGAUGAAGACGGCAAGCCAACCCUGCAUCGCGUCGUCAAAAAGAGUCUGGCCAUCACCGAUGAGAAGACCAAGUGGCAGGAAGCCCUGCUUUGCAAUCCGUGCGGCAUCUGGCUCACCAAGUGCAAGACUCACCGGCCCCCAGACAGAUGGGAUAAAGAUGCGUCCCGGCUAGGCCAGGAGAGGCGGAAGAGGGGCACCGGCCGAAGCACAUCUCGCCCGAAGAAGAAUCGUGCCAAGGAUGAUGCCCCUUUCAACCUUACUUCAGAAGCAUACCUACCCACGGAUGCGUUGGAGCCAGUCGCACCCUCGUCGCCAAAGAUGGGCGAAGUGAUUUCUCUCGAGACAAACCCAUCGCAGAGGACAGAGAGCGUCGAAAGCCAGGACAAAGACAAGGCCAAUAGCAACAAUGAACUGGAGACGAGAUCGAAUCCAGGAUCGUCCCAUUCUCAGGGCAGUGGAACAGCUCAAAGCCCCAUUGAUAUUGACUUUGAUGAAAUGGCUGGCAGCACGAAGAGACUGCUGUUCCCAUCUCCAAGGAAGGAGGGAGUGCCGAAAGUGCUUUGCAAUGUCGAUAUCAAUAUUGUUCAGACUUCAGAGUAUCGUCCGGGACAGCAAGUCAAAGGAGACCAAGAGAAUGUCGUCGCCGCCGCCGUGGCAGGGCUGCAUGAAGGCACCAGCAAACUAGACGAUUUGGAGGCUCUCUUCAACAGCCCGCUAAAGGAACGGCCGUCCACUCCGCCACCCGACGGAGCACCUGCUCAAGCCGAGGCUUUCAAGACGCCUACACGACCUACCCCGAGCCACAGACCCAUCACUAGAAGUGUUUCACGGUCCCUGCGAUCCGCCAGGUCGAUCCUUUCGCCAAACCAGCAGGCUCUCGAGCAGACCCCCACUAAGACGCCAAGGUCCAUGCUGAGAGUUCCCGGUAGCAGCGGCGCUAGGAGGCGCAGCCCGCGCACUCAUCAGGGCAGUUUCGAUGUCUUUGAUUCCCCCGUUAGUCGAAGCAUAGUGCAAUUGCUUUCGGAGGGCAACGUCCUGGGCACCGGCGAGAACGAGGUUGACCUCAGCAGCCUGCCCGGUCUCGGGCACAUGGAGGAAACCUUUGACUUUAGCCUGUUGAGCACGGAUAAUCUGAUGCCCAGCUCCCCAUCGAGAACCGGGUCUACGGGACUGACUUUUGAUUAUGACGGCGUCACUAAUAACAUUGGUGAUUGGGUGGACAGUAUGAUGAAGCUGAAGUGA